AUGCGACGUCUUCUCCAGCUUGCGCCACUGCUCGGGCUCUUGGCUACCACCACAUCUACGAAUCCCUUCCAACAGCAACAACCACUAUUAGGCAACGAGACCGACGGUACGGAGCCUCCCCCAACGAUAUCUGUUGAUUUAUUUCGAUCUCUUGAGCGCACCUCGCGCAUCGUCGAUAUAACCUACUGCGUCGGUAACUCAGGCAUAUCUCAGCCGUUCUCCUGCGUCUCUCGCUGCAAAGAGUUUCCCUCCUUCAACCUUGUCACAACUUGGAACACAGGCCUUCUUCUAAGCGACAGCUGUGGCUACAUCGCCGUCGAUCACGGCGUGCGCCGCCCGGGAGAUGAGGAUAGACUCGGAGGCGAGGUUGGGGAGAGGGCCAUUAUUGUCGCGUUCCGCGGGACAUAUAGCAUCACGAAUACUGUUGUGGACUUGAGUACAGUACCGCAGGAGUACGUGCCCUACCCAGCACCUGACGAUGGCGGUGAGGAGCCGCCCAAGAAGCCGGAGCACCGAUGUGAAGAAUGUACUGUUCAUAUGGGCUUCCUGGCAUCUUGGCGCCAGGCGAGAAAGCUUGUUCUUCCUCACCUGAAGAAGCUGAGGGAGCAAUAUCCUGAUUAUCCCAUCCACUUGGUUGGUCACAGUCUCGGUGGUGCAGUCGCAAUGCUCGCAUCGCUCGAGCUCAAGGUUUCUCUGGGCUGGGACAACGUCAUAGUCACAACUUUUGGGGAGCCCAAAGUAGGUAACCAGGGUUUGUGCGACUACGUCGACGCCAUUUACGGCCUGGAUAAGGAAGAUAAAGAAAAUGAAGUUAAGGAACCCCCGAAGAGAACCUACCGACGCGUUACUCAUGCCGGCGACCCGGUGCCGUUGCUGCCGCUUACCGAGUGGGGAUAUAAACCGCACGCUGGUGAGAUUUACAUUUCUAAAUCAGAGCUCUCGCCAUCCAUCGAGGAUGUCGUAGUCUGUCACGGCGAUAGCGAUUCCAGGUGCAUCACAAAAGGUGACGGAGGGCUCCUGGAGUCCAGAGUACAGGAUCUGGUUGAGAUCGCCGCAGAAAUGCAGCAAGAGGGAGGCGUUGGUAAGUCAGCGGGAUGGAUGGAACAAAGACUUUUGGGCUUUCCGUCUCGGCUCAAGCUCUGGCAGCUUUUUUUCGCUCACAGGGAUUACUUCUGGCGGCUCGGAUUGUGCGUGCCUGGCGGCGACCCUGCUAACUGGGGGAGGGAUAAAUACGGUAGCCGUCAGGGCGGCAAGGCGUCAGAUGAGCUCUAA